AUGAAGAUCAUUCUAUUGAUUUUCUUGAUUGGAGCCACAUUUGCUAGAGAUGAAGGCUUUUUCGCUUAAUUAAGGAAUAGUGAUUUUGGAAAAACAAUCAUCUAAACACUUUAAGUUUAAUUAUCUCAAGAACAUCCAGCAGACACAGUUGUUCAUCUCUUGAAAUAAAUGAAAGAUGACCUAAACAAUGAAUAAAGAGUAGAAGAUGAAGAAAUAACUGGAUAAUUGAAAACAUGUUAAGAAGCUUCAAGUGCUGCAGUUGCUGUAUUAACUAUUGCUAAAGAACGUAAAGCUACAUCAGAAGAAAGACUACCCUUACUAUAAUAGGAAUAAAAUGAUAAGAAACAAUAAUUAUUUGAUAAGUAAGGAGAAGAAUAAAGAAAUUUGGAUAGAAUUUCUGUAUUAUAAGAAGCAAGAAAUGUUUAAAGAGUAAUUAAUUAUAAAAUUAAAUUAGCAAGAAUUUGAGUAAAGAAGAGAUGAAUUAGUAGGAUUAGUUUCUGCAUUAUAAGAAGCAAAGAAAAUUUUAUCUUAAGGAAUUGGGGCUUUGAAAAAGAAUAGUUUUGUUUAACUUAAAAAUCAUCAUGAAAACUUUUUAAAAUAUUUCCCAAAUAAGAAAGGAUUUCAUAGUAUGGUUGAUGUACUCUUAACUGUUUUAUAAGAAGAAAAUACACAAGAAAAUGCUGCAUAAAAAGUUGUUAAAAUUAUUGAUACUCUUGUUGAUAGCAUCUUUUAAGUAUAAAAAGAAGAAAUGAAAGCAGAUGAUGCUAGAGAAUUAGAUUUUUAAACAUAAAAAGAAAGAUUACUUUUAGCAAAUCGAAGAUUGUCUGGAAGUGUUGCUGAUUUAAAUGCAGCUAAUGAAAGAAUUGGAUAAAAAAUAUUAGAAAUCAAAAAUGAUAUUUCAAUUCAAGAUUCUGUAUUUAUUAGUUUAUAAUUUUAAGAUUAUUUUCAAUAAAUCAACAGAAUAGGCAGAUUGGGAUUAGACAUGUAAUGAUACUGAAAAGGCACAUAGACAAUAAACUGAAUAAAGGUAAUUUAAUUAAUUAUAAAAUAGAAAUGCUUAAUUAGCCAUUAUUGUUGAAUGCAUUGAUAUCUUUGAAACAAGAUUCGAUAUGGAAACAAAAAGCUACAUAUAACGCCUUAGAUUCUGAAU